GUGAAAAGUGUUAAGUGAAGAAACCAAAAGCAACAAAAAAAAAAGUGGAAGUGCCAAAAAGAGAAAAAAGAAAGUGGUGAAAAGAGAAUUGAGAAAGAUUCUCACAUUAAGAACAAGACAGCACAAUUAAAUAUUUUGUGUGGAUAUACAUCUUGUAAGAACCGGUUUCUUCAUGAUAGAAUAACCACGAAAAAUGAUAGCACUUAAAUUAUUGAGUAUGCUUUUAUUAGCAUACGUUUACUACACCGAGGCAAUUCCACAUCGCUUCGUUGAAACUGAGGAGACUGCAGAAUCCUUUUCUCGCUAUUCAGUUGAACAUAUUCCAACUGAUGAUGCACAAAAAAUGAAUUUGAGAAUGCCAAACUAUAAUGACAUUGAAGGAAUUGAGGAACAGCAGUUUUCCAGAGCAGCUGUUGAAAGUGUUCCCAAGACAAUUGUCUCAGAUUAUCGUCCACUCCGAUUAGCUGUUGAAUAUAAUCCCAGAGAUGAUAGUUUUUCACGUUCACAUUCACGACAAGAAAGAUUCUUAGACAUUGUUCUACCAGAUCAUCAAAGAAAAUCAAGAGCUUACAAUCUUCAAGCUUAUGUAGUUCCAAUCUAUAAUCCAUAUGGUCCUGAUCCUUUAUACUACCGCACUGGUUCACCUUAUCAACAACUUGUCGAUAUACGAACAUUUGAUCAGCUUACAACACAGCCAGAAUACUCGGCAUUUGGAAACAUUAAAAUGAUUGGAUCUGAAAAAAAUCAACUCGAAGAAAGAUUUAAAGUCAUUUGUCAUCUGACAAAUUGGGCAUUUUAUCGUAAAGAAGAAGGACGUUUUGCACCAGAAAAUCUCGAUUAUGGCUUGUGUACUCAUGUUUUAUACUCAUUUGCAACACUUGAUCCUAUUCAAUUUAUCAUAAAAGAAUUUGACACUUGGGUUGACAUUGAGAACAAUUUAUAUAUCCGUACUGUAAAUGCUGCUGCUGGAAUUCCAGUUUAUCUAGCUAUUGGGGGAUGGACUGACUCAACAAUUGGAAAAUAUAGCACUUUAGUUGCCGAUAGUAAAUUAAGAGAAAAGUUUAUCGAAAAUGCUGUGCCAUUUUUGAAGCGAUUUGGAUUCUCUGGCUUGCAUAUUGACUGGAAUUAUCCAACUUGUCCACAAAGUGAUUGCAAGAACGGCGAUGAAAAAGACAGGGAUUACUUCACUGAAUUCAUUGCUGAAUUGAACUACAGACUGAAGCAAUCUGAUUUAAAAGUUAGUAUUUCUGUGUCUGGAUAUAAAGAAAUCAUAGAACAAGGAUAUGAUUUUGUGGAAUUAUCGAAAAAUAUUGAAUUUAUGACAGUUAUGACCUAUGAUUAUCAUGGUGCUUGGGAGAACAUUACUGGACAUACUAGUCCACUUUACGCAAGCAGUACUGAUAGAUAUCCACAGUAUAAUACAGACUAUGCCAUUACUCUGUUACGUGAAAAGGGAGCAGAUAUGGAAAAAGUUAUCAUGGGAAUCCCAUGCUAUGCUCAAUCAUUCACUUUGGGGUCAAGAAAGAAGUCGUUAAGAGGGUAUAAUGCACCAGCAAUAGGACCUGGAGAGCCUGGUGAAAUAACAAAUCAACCUGGAAUGUUGGGAUACAAUGAAAUUUGUAACUUGCUUCGUAGACCAAACUUUAAGAAAGGUGUUGAUCCAAAUGGCAACUCUGGACCUUAUAUUACUGAUGGAAGUAUUUGGGCUGGUUUUGAUGAUAGUGCAUUUAUCCUUAAAAAGACACAAUAUAUUAAAGAUAAAGGAUUAGGUGGUGCAUCAGCAUGGACAGUUGAUCUUGAUGACUUUAAUAAUAACUGCUGUUUGGAACCAUUCCCAUUGUUAAGAGCUAUUAAUCGUGGACUUGGAAGAUUAAAUUCUCCAACUCCUACUGUUCAUAGUUGUGAGAAGCCUGCGGUUGUUACUCCACCUCCAGCCAUAAUGAGCGUUACAGAAGAUUCAGGACAAGCUGGUAUACCGAUGUCGGCAUCAGAUGAAUCUCAACCACAAUCUACAUCACCUUGGUGGACACAAAGUACAACCACAAGACGUCCUGCAAUUCAAUCCACAUCAAGAAAACCAUCUCAAAGUGGACAAUCGUCUGAUUCAACGCCAAUUCCAGCUCCUGUUAAUGUCAUGCCUGUUUAUGUUCCAGACGAAACAUGUGACAAUGGUGAAUACAAGAGACAUCCAACAUCAUGUAGCAUGUAUCUUGUUUGUGUUGGAAAUGUCUAUCAAGAACAGCCAUGUCCACAGAAAUUACAUUGGAAUGAUGCACAUAAACAUUGUGACUGGCCUGAAUCUGCAAACUGUCAAAUAGUUCCAGCUAGUGAUGAAGUAGUGACUACACCUUCAACUACAAGUAAAAUGCCUGAAAAACCAUUAUCAACAACAACAUCACGUAGACCAAGACCAACGAAAACUCAAGCCAUGACAACAGUUACAGAACAAACAACAAAAAUGACAGAAGCUACAACAACAGCUACACGAUCUACAACAAGAGGAACAAGACCAUCACGUCGACCAACUCGUAAGCCUACAACAGUACGUGAUCCAAUAGAAACUCAACGACCGACAUAUGCAGAAAUUACAACAACUAUUUACACGACUACAACAAUUCCUGAAACAACCACGAUUCCAACAACUUCAACAACUAGACGACGAAGAAGAACUACCACGACUUCAACAAUGUCUACUACCGAAUCAACGACAACUUCUACAACAACAAAUAAGCCACAGAAAAAGCCAACAAAGUGCGUUAAUGGAGAAUAUUAUCCAUCUAAAGAUUGUUCCCAAUUCUUCAUUUGUAGUAAUAACCGAAGAGUUAAGCAGAAAUGUCCUGAAGGUCUGCAAUACAGUCAAAAGAUCAAACAAUGUGAUUAUGAAGAAAAUGUCAAGUGUGUUUCAAGAAAGAAGUACAUGAAGCUUUUACAAAUGCAAUAUAAAAACCAAGGAAUAUUCACGGCAUCUUUGUUGAAAGCAAGUACUGGUGAUCCAUGUGAAGGUCAAUCAUUCCUUGCAUAUCCAGGAGAUUGCUCAAAAUAUUUGAUUUGUAAUCAUGAUCAAUUGCUUGAAAUGCCAUGCCCAGCAGGACUUUCAUUUAAUCCAGCUAAUAGUAAUUGUGACUGGCCACAAAAUGUUGACUGUAUCAGCGAUCCGUCAUUAAAUGAAGAAGAAAGUGAGUAUGAGGAUGAGGAGGACGAAGAAAAUACUGAGAAUGAAGUAAUUGAUGAAUCAAGUAAACCACAAUCAUCUGUUAAGCCACCAGCAUCAUCUGCCAAACCAACAACUACAUCAAUGAAGCCAUCAAAACCAGCGAAACCCACAAAACCAUCUAAGCCUGUAGAACCAUCAAAACCAUCAAAACCAGCUAAACCAUCUAGAGAUCCAGUAACAUCACUUCAAACAAUACCUGUUAAGGAACAUGUUGAACCACUUACUGGAAAGUUUAAACUUGUUUGUUAUUUCACAAACUGGGCUUGGUAUAGACCUGGCGAAGGAAAGUAUUUACCAGACGAUAUUGAUGAGAAUUUGUGUACACAUAUUGUCUAUGGAUUUGCUGUAUUGAAUUACGAUGAAUUGACAAUGAGAACACACGAUUCAUGGGCUGAUAUUGAUAAUCGGUUCUAUGAAAGAGUUGUAGAAUAUAAGAAGAAAGGAAUUAAGGUAACACUAGCCAUAGGUGGAUGGAAUGAUUCAGCUGGUGAUAAGUACAGUCGAUUAGUAAGAAAUUCUGCUGCUCGUGCAAAGUUCAUUAAGCAUGCAGUAGAAUUUUUGGAGAAAUAUGGUUUCGAUGGUCUUGAUUUAGAUUGGGAAUAUCCAGUUUGUUGGCAAGUUGAUUGCAAAAAGGGAUAUGCUGAUGAGAAAAAAGCAUUUGCUUCACUCGUCAAAGAGCUUUCAGCUGCUUUUAAACCAAAGGGAUUGCUUUUGUCAGCUGCUGUAUCACCAAGUAAAACUGUUAUUGAUGCUGGAUAUGAUGUACCAGAACUUUCUAAAUAUAUGGACUGGAUUGCUGUUAUGUGUUACGAUUAUCAUGGUCAAUGGGAUAAGAAAACUGGACAUCUUGCGCCAUUUUAUCAUCAUCCUGAAGAUGAUGUCGAUUACUUCAAUGUUGAUUAUACAAUAAAAUAUUGGAUAGACAAAGGUGCUUUAAGAGACAAAAUUAUUCUUGGUUUGCCACUUUAUGGUCAAGCCUUUACACUAGCUGAUUCAAAUAAUAAUGGACUAAACGCAAAAGCACCCGGACCAGGAACAGCUGGAGAAUUUACAAGAGCUGCUGGUUUCUUAGCAUAUUAUGAAAUUUGUGAUAGAAUCUUUAAUCGUGACUGGAAAGUCGUUCAAGAUUCAAAAGGUCGUAUGGGACCAUAUGCUUACAAUGGAAAUCAAUGGGUUUCAUUCGAUGAUCAAGCUAUUUUACAGAAGAAAUCUCAAUACAUUAUUGAUAUGGGUCUUGGUGGUGGCAUGGUUUGGGCAUUAGAUUUAGAUGAUUUCCGUGGAAAGUGUGGACAAGGAAAACAUCCAUUAUUGAAAAUUAUUCACCAAACACUUCAGGAUGGUACUCAAAAUGAAGUCAUAGGUGAAGAUGAAUAUGACGAAGAGGAUGAGGAAGACGAAGAAAUAGAACAAAAACCAAUAUCUGAAGAAGAUAAACCAGUAGUUGAAGAAGGCGAAGAAGAAUAUGUAGAUGUUAAACCAAUUGAACAGAAGCCAGUUACGCAAAAACCAGUAACACAUACUCAUAAACCGCAAACUGUAACACAAAAACCGCAAACAGUAACACAGAAGCCACAAGUUGUGACACAGAAACCUACAGAAAAGCCAGACGAAAAUGAAAUCGAUGAAGAAGAGGAUAUAGAUGAUAUUGACGACGAGGAAACGGAAGGUGUCGAAGAAGAAGACGAGGAUUAUGAGGAUGAAGAAGACAAUGAAAUUGAUGAAUAUGAAGGAAAAUAUAAAGUUGUUUGUUACUUUACAAAUUGGGCAUGGUAUCGUCCAGGAAUUGGAAAGUUUAAACCAGAAGAUAUUGAUUAUAAAUUAUGUACACACAUUGUUUAUGGAUUUGCAGUAUUAAAUAGAGAUUCCUUGACAAUUCAACCACAUGACUCAUGGGCUGAUAUUGAUAACAAGUUUUAUGAACGUGUUGUAGAAUACAAAAAGAAAGGCAUAAAAGUAACAAUUGCUAUUGGUGGUUGGAAUGAUUCAGCUGGUGAUAAAUACAGUAGAUUAGUAAGAGAUGCAGCAGCAAGAGCUCGUUUCAUUAAGAAUGUAAUUGAGUUUAUUGAAAAGUACGGAUUCGAUGGUCUUGAUCUUGAUUGGGAAUAUCCAGUUUGCUGGCAAGUUGAAUGCGAAAAAGGACAUCCAGAUGAAAAAGAAAACUUUGCUGCUUUUGUUGAAGAACUGUCAACUGCAUUCAAACCAAAACGAUUAUUGUUGUCAUCAGCAGUGUCUCCAAGUAAGAGAGUCAUCGAUGCUGGAUAUGAUGUCAAAAAACUAUCUAAAAACUUCGAUUGGAUUGCUGUUAUGGCUUAUGAUUAUCAUGGACAAUGGGAUAAAAAGACAGGUCACGUCGCUCCAAUGUAUGUUCAUCCAGAUGAUUCAGACAAAACAUUUAAUUCAAACUUUACGCUUAAUUAUUGGAUCCAUCAAGGAGCUGAUCCUAGAAAAUUGGUUUUCGGUAUGCCUAUGUAUGGUCAAUCGUUCUCAUUAGCUGAUAGAAUCAGAAAUACUUUGAAUAGUCCAACUUAUGGUGGUGGUGAAGCUGGAGAAGAAACUAGAGCUCGAGGAUUCCUUUCAUACUAUGAGAUCUGCGACAGAAUUAAGAAUCAAAAAUGGACUGUUGUUAAAGACCCACGAGGAUCAAUGGGUCCUUAUGCUUAUAAAGGUGAUCAAUGGGUUUCAUUUGAUGACAAUAAUAUGAUAAGGCACAAGAGUGAAUAUGUCAAAGCUUUAGGCUUAGGUGGUGCUAUGAUAUGGGCGCUUGAUCUUGAUGAUUUUAAGAACUCGUGCGGAUGCGAAGAAUAUCCAUUGUUGAGAACAAUUAAUCGUGUCUUGAGAGAUUAUCCAGGACCACACAAUAAUUGUAAUUUGGAAAGUAGAAUCAAACCACCAAAACCAGAUGCAGAAGAAACUACAAAAGCUCCAACGACUGCAGUAACAACAACAAUGACUACAGCAGUUACAGAGCCUUAUAAGCCUACAAAGAAAAAGACUACAAGCAGACCAAAACCAACAUCAACGACUGUUAAAUCAACAACAUAUGAAGGAGAAGAUUACGAAGAAGAAGAUGAAGACGAUGAAGAAGGCACCAAUUUAAAUGACAAUGAUAGUUGUGUAGAUGGAACUUACUUCGCACAUGAAACUGAUUGCAGCAAAUAUUACAUUUGUAAUUUCGCUUCAAAAUUGGAACAGUCUUGCAUGUACGGCCUGCAAUGGAAUCAAAAGACCAUGAAUUGUGACUGGCCUUCAAAUGUACAGUGUAUAUCAAAAGACGAAGAACACGAAAUAGAAAAGGAAGACGAGGAAGAUGAGGACAAUGAUAUCGAUUCAGGACAUGAAACAUUAUCAUCACCAAAACCAUCUAAAAAACCAGUGACUCAAAAACCGACGACAACAACAACAAUGGCUACAACAACAAGAAAACCUAAACCUACACGUCCACCAGUAGAAACUAAUCCAUUUAUUCCAACAGGAAAUAAUGAUUUCAUGGUUGUUUGCUAUUUCACAAAUUGGGCUUGGUAUCGUCCUGGUAUUGGGAAAUAUAAGCCUUCUGAUAUUGAUCCAACUUUGUGUACACACAUCGUUUAUGGUUUUGCUGUUCUUAAUAGUCAAACAUUACAAAUUAGAACUCAUGAUUCAUGGGCUGAUAUUGAUAACAACUUCUAUACAAAAGUAACAGAAUUCCGUAAACUUGGAAUUAAAGUCAGUGUCGCUAUUGGUGGAUGGAAUGACUCAUUAGGUGAUAAAUAUAGUAGAUUGGUAAGAGAUCCAGAGGCACGAAGAAAGUUCAUUAAAAAUGUUAUUGAAUUUAUGAAGAAGUAUGACUUUGAAGGACUUGAUCUAGAUUGGGAGUAUCCAGUUUGCUGGCAAGUUGAUUGCACAAAAGGAAAACCAGAAGAAAAACAAGCUUUCACAGCAUUUGUAAGAGAAUUGAAAGAAGCUUUUGAGCCUGAAGGAUUCCUUCUUUCUGCUGCUGUAUCACCAGCUAAGAAAGUCAUUGAUGCUGGUUAUGAGAUUUCAGAACUUACAAAAUACUUUGAUUGGAUAGCUGUUAUGUGCUACGAUUAUCACGGUCAAUGGGAUAAGAAAACAGGACAUGUGUCACCAUUGUAUCAUCAUCCAGAAUCUACAGAAGCAACAUUCAAUGCUAACUAUACAAUGCAUUAUUGGAUUGAAAAAGGAGCUGAUCGUAAAAAAUUAGUAAUGGGCAUGUCAAUGUAUGGACAGUCGUUUACGCUGGAAAUAUCAAGCUCUAAAAAUACCCCUGGCUUAAAUACAAAAGCACCAGCAGGUGGCCAAGCAGGAGAGUUCACUCGAUCAGCGGGUUUCUUAGCUUUCUAUGAAAUUUGCCAUAAAGUAAAUACUGGAGGCUGGACUGUUGUAAAAGAUCCAACGGGAGCUAUUGGAUCAUAUGCAUAUAAAGACAGGCAAUGGGUGUCAUAUGAUGAUGUGGAGCAAGUUCGACGAAAGACUCAGUAUGUGAAGGAUUUGGGAAUUGGUGGUGCUAUGAUAUGGGCACUUGAUCUGGACGAUUUCCGUAACCGAUGUGGCUGUGGUGCUCAUCCACUUUUAUCAACAAUUAACUUAGAAUUGGGAAGAAUCAACACACCAAGAUUGAAUGAUUGCACAUAAAUGAUAGCAUGUGUAGGAGCGUUAGAUUAAGAGAGACUGAAGUAACAAUAUUCAUUUUUUUGUAGAUUUAAGUUUAUACAUCUCAAUAAAAAUAUCUGGCCAUUAUAACUUUAAAACUUAAGAAAUCAAUGAAAAAAAUUUGAGAAUCAAAUAAGGAAGUAGAUUUAGAUUUUUUUUCUUACUAAUAAAUGCA